UGUGUCUGUCUAUAUAUAUGUUUUAGAUCCCCCUCUGUUAUAUGUUGGAACUGGGAAGCUCUUCGUGUCUUUUUAUUAGCUUAUCCGUGAUCUCGAUUUCCUUUUUAAUUUCGAAUGGCUUCAAACUCGGCUGUUGAUAUGAUAGAGACAUCUUCAAAGGCUCAUUUCUCAGGCUUUCAUCAAAUGGAUGGUUUAGUUUCCACUAUAUCAGAUCAAAUGGCUGAGGAUGAAGAACAUGGGCAACCUUUUGUGAUCGGAGUUGCUGGAGGAGCAGCAUCAGGUAAAACAACUGUUUGCGAUAUGAUUAUGCAGCAACUACAUGAUCAGAGAGCUGUUGUUGUAAAUCAGGAUUCUUUCUACCAUAAUGUAAAUGAAGAGGAGCUUGCAAGAGUUUAUGAUUACAAUUUUGACCAUCCUGACGCUUUCGAUACGGAGCAAUUAUUGUCUUCCAUGGAGAAAUUAAGAAAAGGACAAGCUGUAGAUAUUCCCAACUAUGACUUUAAAAGUUACAAGAACAAUGUGUUUCCACCUAGAAGAGUAAACCCUUCUGAUGUUAUAAUUCUGGAAGGGAUACUCAUUUUCCACGACCCUCGGGUGCGAGAUUUGAUGAACAUGAAGAUAUUCGUGGAUGCAGAUGCUGAUGUGCGUUUAGCGAGAAGGAUUAAACGCGAUACUGUUGAGAAGGGCAGAGAUAUUGCCACUGUUCUUGAUCAGUAUUCAAAGUUUGUGAAACCAGCAUUUGAGGAUUUCAUACUCCCAACAAAGAAAUACGCAGAUAUAAUAAUUCCCCGGGGUGGUGAUAACCAUGUUGCUAUUGAUUUGAUUGUGCAACACAUCCACACGAAGCUCGGUCAACAUGAUCUCUGUAAAAUCUAUCCAAACCUUUAUGUUAUUCAAUCAACUUUUCAGAUACGUGGGAUGCACACUCUAAUCCGAGACUCGAAAACAACAAAGCAUGACUUCAUCUUCUACUCCGAUCGAUUGAUUCGUUUGGUUGUUGAGCACGGCCUCGGGCACCUUCCUUUUACAGAAAAGCAAGUGGUCACUCCCACAGGAUCUGUGUAUUCGGGUGUGGACUUCUGUAAGAGGCUGUGUGGUGUCUCAGUUAUCAGAAGCGGUGAGAGUAUGGAGAACGCUCUUAGAGCAUGCUGCAAAGGAAUCAAAAUUGGAAAGAUUCUGAUUCAUAGAGAAGGGGACAACGGUCAACAGCUUAUAUACGAGAAGCUACCCUCAGACAUUUCGGAAAGGCAUGUGCUUUUGCUAGACCCAAUCCUGGGGACAGGAAACUCGGCGGUGCAAGCUAUAAGACUGCUGAUAAGUAAAGGCGUGCCUGAAUCCAACAUCAUAUUUCUAAAUCUCAUAUCAGCGCCUCAAGGAGUAAAUGUGGUUUGCAAAAAAUUCCCAAGGAUAAAGAUUGUGACUUCUGAGAUAGAACUCGGUCUAAACGAUGAAUACAGAGUUGUUCCCGGCAUGGGGGAGUUUGGAGACCGCUAUUUUGGGACGGAUGACGAGUGAGAGAAAGAGAGACAGAGCUUUUGCCUUAGCUCAAAAAUUUUGAAUUCUUGUUUCAAUAUGUUAUACGGAUUUCAUGACUCGGAUUCAUACAUAUAUAUAUAUAUAUAUAUAUAUAUAUAUAUAUGUAUACCAAAAACAAAAAUUCCAAACUCACUUAAUUUUUACUUACAUG